AGUCAUUACUAAGAAAGUGCAAUAAAAAAAAUAUUUCUUGUAAGAAAAAAAUAGAGAGGAUGGAGAAUUGGAAGCUUUUGAGUGGUGAUCAAGAUUGGGAAGGGCUACUCGAGCCAUUGGAUUAUGAUCUUCGACGAUAUCUAAUCCACUAUGGAGAAAUGGCGGAAGCAACCUACGAUGCAUUUAAUGCCAACAAGGCAUCAAAGUUUGCGGGAUUAUGUCGAUACUCUAUGGAUGAACUUUUCUCCAAAGUUGGCCUAGGCAAAGGCAAGGCUGAGAAAAAAUAUAGAGUGACUAAAUACUUGUACGCAACGUCCUCUAGUUUGAUUCCUAAUGGAUUCCUCUUGAAAUCAUUAUCGAGAGAGGAUAAGAAUUUCGAGUCGAAUUGGAUAGGGUAUGUCGCGGUUGCCACGGAUGAAGGGGCGGUUGAAAUGGGAAGGAGGGAUAUUGUUGUUGCUUGGAGAGGAACUAUUGAGUCGAUGGAAUGGAUAAAUGACGUACAAUUUGGCUUAAUUGAGGCCACACCAAUAUUUAAAAAGGAAGGUGAUGGUGAUGAUACAAAGGAAGAGAUCCCAAAUGUUCACGAAGGAUUUUACUCUUUGUACACUUCAACGGAUCCAAUGUCCAAAUAUAAUAAGACGAGUGUAAGAGAUCAGGUACUUGAAGAGAUCACAAGAUUAGUGAAUACCUAUGAAAACGAGGAACUUAGCAUUACCGUCACAGGUCACAGCCUAGGAGCAGCGAUCACAACUCUAAACGCGAUCGACAUAGCAAGGAACGCCGCUCAAAACCACCGUGUAACCGCUUUCCCCUUUGCAUGUCCCAGAGUUGGAGAUUCCAGUCUAAAUUCCGUUGCGUCAAACCUCCACAACCUUCACAUCCUUCGCAUCGAGAACAUUCCCGACGUGGUUCCAGACCACCCGAUAAAGCUCGUGGGCUACGACUUGGUGGGUAAAGUAUUAAAAAUCGACAGUCAAAAAUCUCCUUACUUGAAGAACGAUCAACCAGGGCUGAUAUUUUUCUUGAAGAGGGCUCACAACUUGGAGGUUUAUUUGCAUACGGUGUCUGGAACUCAGGGAAGUGAGGAAGAGUUCAAGUUGGUGAUCGAUAGGGAUAUUGCUUUGGUGAAUAAAGGGUUGGAUGGGCUUAAGGAAGAGUAUGGUGUGCCAGCUUUAUGGUGGGUGCAGGCUAACCACGGCAUGACUCAAUUGCCUAAUGGGUCUUGGGAGUUAGUUGAUACAGGGUAUUGAUUAACUAUACAUAUAUUUGUAUUUGUUUAAUAUUUGUGUGGAAAUUGGUGAUUGUUUUAAAAACGUUUGUUGUUAAUGGGUCAAAUAAAGGGCAGGAG